AUGUCGCGUGAUUUCAUCGGUAGUAAAAUUGCAAUUAUUACUAAAUCUCAAUGUCGAUAUAUUGGAACAAUUAUUGGAAUUGAUGCACAGACAUCAUCAAUACUUCUUGGCAAUGUCAAAAGUUUUGGAACAGAAAAUCGUCUAGGACAUUUAACAAAUACUCAUAUGACUAGUACAAUAUUACCAAUAAUGCAAUUUGCUAAUAGUGAUAUUGAAGAUUUAAAAAUUGUUAAUGAUGAUCAAACACAAGAAAUUUUACAACAACAAUCAUGUUCAAUACCUGUUUCAUCAUCAACAUUAUCAUCAUCUCAACAACCAUCAAUUCAUGAUGAUCCAGCUAUUGUAUCAGCUGUUAUUAGUUCAUCAUAUAAGGAUAAUAAAUCGAAUUCAACAGUAACUAGUCGAUUAAUGCAGAAUUUUCGUCAUAUGACAUUAUCCGAUGAAAAAUUGACAAUACAACCGAAAACUGAAGAAUCUCAUAUACGUUCAAAUUCCGGUGAAUUAAAUUCACCUUGGUCAUUACUUUCUUCAUCGAAAUUGGAAGAUAAUAAUAAUUCAAAACCAUCAUCUCAACAAUGUUCAGACAAUAAAAGCAAAUUUUUUGAUAAUUUUAUAUCAGAUAGUAACAAUAAUACAAAUCGAUUUCAAUCCAAUCGUUCUCAUCAACGUUUAUCAAAUACUCAUUCAACUCAAACAUUACGUGAAAAUGAUGGUCAUUAUAAUCGACAAUAUGAUAAUGAUGGUCAUUAUAAUCGACAAUAUGAUAAUAAUGGAUUACCUGUACGACAACCAUUUUAUUCCAAUGAUGAUCCUUAUCCUCAAAAACAACAACAAAAACAAAAUCAUUAUCAGAAUGAUAAUAUUCAACAGAAACAAAGAUAUUUUUAUAAUAAUCAUCGUACAAAAAAAUUUAAUCAACAACAAUAUAUAGGUGGUAAUCGUAGUAAUGGAAAUCGUGAAACAUUUCAAGAUAAUCCAAAUGAUUAUGAUAAUGAUUUUGAUUUUGAAACAAGUAAUCGUAAAUUUAAUAAAUUAACAACUGAAGAUGAAUUUAAACAUGGAAAUGAUUUAAUAACAAAUCAACCUAUACAAUUACAAAUUGAUAACAAUUCAAUAGAUGAUUAUCAACCUAUAUAUGAUAAAAAGAAAUCUUUUUUUGAUAAUCUUAUUGGAACAGAACAGUCAGAUGUACCAAUAUCAUAUAAUUAUAAUCGUUCAAAAAAUCAAGAUACAUUUAACAAUGAUAAUUAUCAACAUUAUAAUAAUCGAUCGAAUGGUAAUGGUUAUCGACAAUCAAAUAAUAAUUAUCGACAACAUCAACAUGGAAAUGAAGGUUUUCAUUAUAAACAACAUAACAACAAUAAAAAUGGAUAUCAUUAUCGAUAUUAA